AUGGCAUCUCUGAAUCUCUCAUCGAACGGGCCAUCAAUCACCAAGAGUUAUCAGUCCGUAAUCGAUUGUUCGCUACCUACCGGCAGCGCUACAUAUGGACAAUGGGCGGUAUUCUCUGUCUCAACGCCUUUGGUCAAUGCCUUCCAGAGGAAUUCAGAUAGCAAGGAAAGUGUCUUGAAGGUCCAGAAUACCGGGGCUGGUGAGCUUGAGGAUCUCAUUGACGAGUUCUCGGAAGGAAAGAUCCAGUUCGCUUUCGUCAAAGUCACUGAUCCGAACACUGGUCUCCCGAAGAAUGUCCUCAUCGGAUGGUGUGGGGAGGGUGUCCCAGAACGAACGAAAGGAUACUUUACAAGCCACCUGUCUGCUGUAUCAAAGUUUUUAUCCAACUAUCAUGUCCAAAUCACUGCACGCUCCGAGGGAGAUUUGACACCCGAGGGAAUAAUACAGAAGGUCGGAGAUGCUUCUGGUGCGAAAUACACACCAGAACGAGCUUCGCCAGUCACUGCUGUGCCCAAAACGCCUUCAGUUGCAAGCAAACCAGCAUUUACCCCCACCAGAACUGGUGCGGUAGACUCGAAGACCGUGUCAAAUGUUUCCGCUAGGGUGCUUCCAAGAAUGAGCGGCGACGAUAAUGGCUGGGGUCCAGAUGCGCCCCCGGUUACCAGGACAGAACUUGAAAAGGUUCAGUCCGCGUACAAGCCAACUAAGGUUGACAUAGAGGCAAUCAAAUCUCAGAACCAGCCCAGAACAUCCCAUUAUCAUGAGCUUCCCGGCACAGAGAACAAUGAUGUUGUUAAGGGUGGCUAUCAGCCGAUAGGCAAAGUGGAUAUCGCUGCAAUCAGGAAACAAGCACGGGAAGCAGGAGGAUUUAAAGAAGACCGACCCGAGCCUGUGAAAGGCGCAUAUGAGCCGGUUGGUAAGGUCGAUAUUGCUGCUAUCCGUUCUAAGGCGCAGAAGCAACCUGAAUCAUCAGUUGACCAGUCCGUCUCAAGCAACCCUGUUGAAUCGCGUAAUGAAAGGAUCAAAUCUUUGGAUUCUCCAAGACUAGCCGAUCAGCCUGAGCGUCUGACGACUUUACCUAAGCCGAAGGUUGCGAACAAAAUCGGGCUAAGCUCAACUUUUACAGGCACAAAGGCACCCUUGCCCAGUGGCUUCGUUUCAAGCCCGGUCCCUGCUGCCACACAGGUUGGCAUUGCAAGCAGAACGUUUGCAGACGAAGGAGGAAAGACUCCUGCGCAGCAGUGGGCUGAAAGAAAAGCCCGAGAACGAGGGCAAGGUCCUGCCCCUAGCCCAUCAGCAGCAAGCGGUCAGGGCAGCAUCAACGGAGAAUGGAAAAGUUCGUACAAUGGCAAGACAUGGGCUCCCGUUCAGACUACGCCUACGGGCAACUCUGUGGACCGUGGUGUCUCCCAGCAAGGGCAGGGGUUGACGACUGGGCUGGAAACGUCACUGCCUGGCCAGCCAGACUCUGCCAGCCAGGAUCAGAAAUCAAGUGGUGCUGGCAUGACUCCCUCUCCCGAUGAAGAACCAGUAGGCAUACCUGAUUCCGAAAAGGGAUUACCUGCACCGUAUAAUUCACAUGGGAUGAACCCGGAGGAACCUUCGGACGUCGAAGCUCAUCGGCCUAUACCUAGCCCUCCUCAACAGCCUCGUUCCCCUACCCCUCCAACGCCGCUUCCCGUACGUGAGUCUUCUCCAAUUCGCGUUGCUGUGCCAGUUGGACGAGGAGAAGUUGCCGACGCUCACGAUGAACAAUACUCGCCACCUCCCGUCAUGCCGACACAAAGCCUCCGACAGGCGGUACCGGACAAUGAAGGGCUCGAGGAUACUGCGAUUGAUAUAGGUAGGGAAACGUCAAAAGCUACAGUCGUUGACCGUCCUCAAGACGAGGCGCCCCAGGCUAUUGUUCAGUAUGAUUAUGAGAAGGCAGAGGACAAUGAAAUAGACUUGAAGGAGGGAGAGUAUGUGUCUGGUAUAGAGAUGGUCGAUAAGGACUGGUGGCUCGGUUCUAAUGCGCGUGGCGAGCGGGGUCUCUUCCCCAGCAACUAUGUUGAGCUCGUCAAUGAAAACCAGCUAGAACAGCUCGCACCAGUUGCUGGAGCUGAAGAACCCCAGGAAAUUUCUCCAAUCGUUCCUGCCCACAGCCCUGGGGAAAGGAAAGAUAUCGCACAGCCGGUUGCAAUGGCACUGUAUGACUACGAGGCUGCGGAGGACAAUGAGCUCAGCUUCCCGGAGGGUGCUCACAUAGUCAACAUCGAAUUCCCGGAUGAUGAUUGGUGGUUCGGCGAGUACAAGGGCCAGAAGGGGCUCUUCCCUGCCAACUACGUACAACUCGAGGAGUAG